AUGGAUUCGUCAGCAUCGCCUGCUGCCCAGGAGGCAAAGGAAACCCCGAUCAAGCCUCCAGUGGAUGACAGGGACAACGACGACCAGGAUGAGGCAGCUCGCAAGAAGGCGGCUGUUCGGAAGAGGACGAAGACGGGCUGUUUAACCUGUCGAAAGCGCCGCAUCAAGUGCGAUGAGGGCAGGCCCAUCUGCAACAAUUGUACCAAGUCGAAGAGGAACUGCGAAGGUUACAAUCAACGCGUCAUCUUCAAGGACCCUCUCGGAGCCUUCCAGAAUGGCUCCUUCGGCCCCGUUGCCUAUCCUCCAGAGUCGACGCAGCAGCAAAACUUUGUCUCUCACGGAAACCAGCAGUCGAAACCCUCAUCACACGCCCCUCCUCUGGCUGCCAUUGCCCCCAAGCCCCCAAUGACACUCGAUUUCCAGAACUACCCACCGGUUCCCUAUGGGGAAUCUUAUCAGGCACGCCAACAACAUCAGCCAAGCGCUGCGGCGUCGUCGACGCAUAGCUUCAACCAGGGCUCCUACGAGCAACCUCCAGUGCCAGCGAAUACCGCGUACAUAUCGCCUGCUGCGUCCUUGCAUCAACAGCGGAAGCACAGCGAGGGCCAACAGUAUCUUCCAUCGCCCGCAAAAGAAGAGGAUGGAUUUCAUGGUUUCGGGGAUUCCAGCCACACUCAGACGAAAAGCUACGCCGCGCACAAUGAGAUUGCGGCAAGCGGUCCCGGGUUUCAGGAGACUGAGGUUGCGAUGGACGAGGUGCAAGAACGAACCCAAUGGGAGCAUGUGUAUUCAGACGAGGAUGCCUCGAUGGGCGAGUCGGAGGAUGAGUUCGAGGCUCUCCCGCGUGAGAGCACAUACGGAACUUUGGUGCAAAGUCACAUGGAUGGCCCUCUGGACGGGUUCGGCACGGAGAUGCGAACUUUCACGGCAUUUGCGAACGACGAAACCCUCACAUCAUACAUUCCGCAGGCGAUUAACUCGCCUUUGAACGACAGUAAGACGGCUGCGCUUUUCUGGCACUUCGUCAACGUUACCGGACCGAACACCUUCCCCAUCGUUGCCUUCCAUCACCCCGCACUCCUGCAAUCCAUGCUAGCCAUCGGGUCAUUACAGAUCGCAAGGCUCAAGGCGUUGCCACCGACGGCAGCCAUGAAGCACUACCACCUGGCCAUCAGACGAAUUGCCCGCAACGUCCGCAGCCAUACCAAGAGGACCCAGCCUGCAACGCUGGCUUCGACGCUGCUCUUGGCUUUCUUCGAGGUCUGGAAUUCGGACCAUUCAAAUUGGUGUCAACAUCUUCUCGGAGCGAGAUUGUUGUUUAAGGAGAUACCAUUCCGAGACAUGACCAGAAACAUACUGCCGCUGAAAAGAGCGAGACGAGCUAUGUUUGAGCAAGAACGAAACCAACCCCUAGACCCCUUUUUCAUGGGUCACGAUAAUGGCGAGGCUGACAAGAUUGACCUUGAUGACCUCGACUUGGGGUUUUUGAGCGAGAUCACAGGCCAAAAUGUGGAUUACGACGAGGGCACCACGCUCUCAGGGCUGUACUACACGGACCGCGAUAUCGAGCAGUAUGAGCACCUACGAGACCUCUUUUGGUGGUACUCUAAGAUGGAUGUCUACCAAGGACUUCUCUCAGGUGGCAAGCCCUUUAUGGAGUACGAGCACUGGACACAGUGCCCUCCGCGAGCACCGAUGGGAAGAUUGGAGGCAAUCUACGGCACCUAUGAUCAUCUCGUGUUGGUGAUGGCGCGCCUCAUGACCUUCGCCGCGAAAGAUCUGCCUCGUAAGAGAAAGUCGCUGAAGACCUUUGGCAUGAUGGGCGGUCCCCCAGGAGCUGGGAGGGGCAGAGGCCAAGGUGGACCUCCCGGGCCGCCCGGAGGCCUGCCAGGGGGGCCACCGGGGGGACCGCCUGGUGGGUUCCCGAUGGGCCCACCCGGAGCGCCUCCCGGUAUGAUGCCUCCCGGUAUGAUGCCUCCCGGUGGCAUGCCAAACAUGUCUGGGCCGCCUCCUGGAGGCUUCCCAGGCGGCAUGCCGCCAGGGAUGUUCGGGCCAGGGGGUCCUCCUGGUGGACCACCUGGGGGUAUGGCCCCAGGCAUGUUUGGAGCCCCCCCCGGAGACGGCCCUGCAAGAGGCAUGCCGCCAGGAAUGUUCGGUGCCCCACCCGGGGGACCACCCGGAGGACCACCCGGAGGACCACCAGGGGGACCACCAGGGGGACCGCCCGGAGGGUUUUCCUCGGGCCCUCCAGGUAUGGCUGGCGGCCCUCCCAGAGGGCCACCAGGCGGUCCCCCAGGUGGCUCACCCCCCAUGUUCCCCGGCAUGCUCCCCAAUGUUGGAAAGACCUCCCUCCCCAUGGGCUUCAGCCCACCGCGUGAGGGGUCACCGCCAAAAGAGAAUCCUGAUGAAAUUGAUCUCGAAAGCGGCACGGCAGAGGCCAUGCGCGAAUGGGAGGCCAUUCGGGCUGCAUUUGAGACUCUGCGGGCGAGGUUCGGACCAGAGUUUGAACCCCUCGGCCCAGAGUAUGCCGACCGCAGAGAUUCGCCGUUCGGGCCAACAUUGCAAUAUCGCACCUUCUCUGUCGCUGGAGUCUGGCUCAACUACUACAUGUGUCUGAUCCACUUGUACCGGACACACCCGAUGAUGCCGCCCGCAGCUAUGAUCGCACAGGGCAUUCAGGCGCGGCACACGGCGCAUUUUGCGCAAGAAAUUGGGCGAAUCGCGGCAGGCCUCUGCGAUGACCUGAGAGAUGUGACUGAGAUCAGUACGCUGGUUGGUGCGGCCCUCGUCGAGUGCUCCCUGCCUCUUUUCGUAUCUGGCAUUCAGUUCCAAGAUGACGUUCAACGAAAAUGGAUCAUCAAGCGGCUGCACGAUAUCGCGCGAUUGACAGGUUGGCAGUCGGCAAGAAUGAUUGCUGAAGGAUGCGAGUCUGGAUGGCGCAAGGCGGCUGAGAUGGGGCGGGGGCCGCCAUACACGAGGGAUCCCAAUCUCAUGAAUGAGAUCCCCAAGUCGAUGAUCAGGGGCCCCCCAAAGAUCAUGGCGCGCAUCGAAAAACUUGACAGUGACGACGCCAAGCUGGCGGUGGCUCGGUCAGAGAGGGCGGCAUAUGCCAUUGGUCUGAUUGGUAUUGAGCAGGAGUUGAGCAGGCUAGAUCUGAAGGAAGGCAACUAA